AUGCCGGCAGUCCGAUACCAGGGGACAAUUUCAGCAACGCUGGGUGUCAGGGAAGUACCCCGGUGGAGCGGUGCCCUGGUGAGCAGUGCCUCGCUGAGCAGUGCCCCGGUGAGCGGUGCCCCGGUGAGCGGUGCCCCGGUGGAGCGGUGCCUCUCGGUGGCCGCUCCCCGCACGGGCACAGCGCUGCCUGCGGCUCCCUUCCCGGUGCGCUGCCUGCGGGGCGGUGCGCGGCUCCCGCUUCCCCUCCUCGCACCGCCUCUGCCGCUGCCUCAUUUCCUGCAGCGUAGGCGGAGGAGGAAGCUCUGUGCCCGCUUUCCUGCCCGGUUCGCCCCGCUCCCCUCCCGCCCGGCUCCACCGAGCCGCCUCCUGCCCUUCGAGAUGCCGGCUUACCACUCCACUUUAAUGGACUCAGACACCAAGCUAAUUGGGAACAUGGCACUGUUACCCAUCAGAAGCCAGUUCAAGGGCCCAGCACCUCGAGAAACUAAGGACACAGAUAUUAUAGAUGAAGCCAUCUACUACUUCAAAGCUAAUGUUUUCUUCAAAAAUUAUGAAAUUAAGAAUGAGGCUGACAGAACACUGAUCUAUGUCACCCUCUACAUUUCUGAGUGCCUGAAAAAGCUGCAGAAGUGUAACUCCAAAGGCCAGGGAGAGAAGGAGAUGUACACACUGGGAAUCACCAACUUCCCAAUCCCAGGGGAGCCUGGCUUUCCUCUGAACGCCAUUUACGCCAAACCUGCCAACAAGCAGGAGGAAGAGGUGAUGAGGGCCUACCUGCAGCAGCUGAGGCAAGAAACCGGCCUCCGCCUGUGUGACAAAGUGUUUGAUCCUCAGAGCGACAAGCCAAGCAAGUGGUGGAUCUGCUUUGUGAAGAGGCAGUUCAUGAACAAGAGUCUCUCAGGCCCUGGGCAGUGAAGCAAAGUGGCAACAACUUUAAGCAUUUCCACAGCAAGAUGUUUGAGUCUUUUGCCUUUGUUUUGGAUACGUUUUGUACCAAGAAAAAAUUAAGUGCUUAUGAAGUAAAAAAAAAAAAAAAGAAAAAACCAAACCUGUCAAUGAGUGAUAGAGGGAGAGCAAAAAGAUAAGUUGUGUAAGCAAAUAUUAUUAAGCUGGUGCUUAAUAAGUGAUUUCUAACGCGCUGUUUCAGAUGCAAGCUGCUUUGUAAUCAUGGCUACAGCAUUUAAAACAGGGCUUGUAUUUAAGAGAAGAAAUGAAGAAAUGGGCUUGGCUGUGGGGCACGGGAGCUGUGUCAUUGCUCUGCUGGCUGGAGUCGGUGUCGUGUGUCCAGGGAAAACAGACCUCUCACGCUGUGUUGUCCAGUGCAGUGAUUUUUACCUUGUUUUCAAUAAAAUUUGCUUGUAAUUAA